AUGCCUGCGGCAAUCCAGAACCCCCGCGUCCUUCUGGCGCAAUGGCGCCUGCCCCACCCAUUCCCUCCUCUCCACUACCAUCGCCGCCUCUACUUCCGCAGCCCCACUGCCGCCGCCGCCGCUGCUGCCAACUCCUUCUCCCACUCGGAGAUCUUAUCCAUCCGCGAGUCCCUUCUCUCCCGCUCCAAGAAGGCCGUAGAGAUCGCUUCUGAGUAUCUGGAACGUCUCCGCCUGGCCGAGCCCACUGUCCGGAGCUUCCUCCACGUGGCGGAGACGGAGGAAGUACUGAAGCAGGCCGAGGAGGUGGACCGCGCGGUGGAAAGGGGAGAGUCCUUGGGUCCUCUCGCCGGCGUGCUCGUUGGUGUCAAGGAUAAUAUCUGCACCGCCGACAUGCCGUCCACUGGCGGGUCGAGGAUCCUGGAGGGCUACCGGCCAGCGUUCGAUGCCACAGCCGUCCAGAGGCUGAGGGAGAGCGGGGCUAUCCUCAUCGGGAAGACCAACUUGGACGAGUUCGGAAUGGGCAGCACCACCGAGGGCUCGGGAUUCCAGGUCCAGCUCCUUGUGACUUCCCCGUUCUGCAGUACAGCUUUAUCGAUUCUGUUUUUGGUGGAGUUUUCUGUCUCCAAGUUGUUCUAUGCAAUUGAAAAUCUGAUCAGGAAAGAAGUAAAUUCACUAAAAUUAGGCAAUGGAUUGCCUCUAUUUGUCUCCUGAUGGUGGGUUCAGGAUUAUAGACGACAUAUGGGAAUGAAGUGCUUAAAGGUACCAUGAAAUUGCUUUGAUAGCUAAAGUUAUGUAUUGGCGGGUGGGUUGAACUGAGAGUAGACUAGCCGAACCACAAUCGUUUUGUUUCUUCUUCGCUCAUCCCAAGACAAUCAAUGAAAGGCUGUCUGGCAGUUGAAGUGCUCUGUAUAAAAUUGUUUUAAACUAAUUCUUUAAAUAUAUUCUACACGAAUUAUUCUUCCUUUUCAGUUCUUGUUCGAUUCACAUGAACCGAUAAAGUAAGGUUAGUUUACCCCGCACAGAUCUUUUGACCUUCUUUAUCUCAUGUGAAGAUCCACAUGAACUAUCUGUGUUAUAGUCCUACGCGUAUUAUAGGGCUCAUAAGAAACACAUGCUAACUGGAACAGAUCACAGAAAUAAUUAGACCGAGAUUGACAAGAUGAUCAUGUUAGAAUCGUUUUAUUGUAUUUAGUGUUCACUAGUGUACUAUUUUUUUUUACAUUGUUUUACCGAUAUGGUAGCUAUUGGCACCAAUGAUGCAGGAAACUGAAUAAUUUUCAGGUGACCGCAAACCCUUGGGAUGUAAGUAGGGUUCCUGGUGGGUCUUCAGGGGGCUCUGCUGCUGCUGUUUCUGCAAGACAAUGUGUAGUUUCCUUGGGAAGUGACACUGGUGGUAGUGUGAGGCAGCCAGCAUCAUUCUGUGGUGUUGUGGGAGUCAAACCAACAUAUGGGCGUGUCUCGCGGUUUGGGUUGAUGGCAUAUGCGUCAUCAUUAGAUGCCAUCGGAUGCUUUGGAUCAUCAGUGGUCGAUUCUGCAAUAAUUCUAAAUGCGAUAUCUGGUCAUGACAGAUUGGAUGCCACCAGCAGUAAGCAUGUACACAUCUUUCUCUCUUUUGUCUUUUUACCAUUUUGAUCUUGUGAUUCUGAGAGAACAUUUUUACGAUAAUGAUUAUAUUUAGAAUAACUUCUUGAUAUGCUUUGUGGGAAAGAUUUCCUCAUCAUUUAGCUAAUAAAUAUAUCUGCCAAUGGGUGUUGACUUCUCACUCUCAGCAAUAUUUUAUGCAUCCGAUCUUCAGACAACCAUUGAAAUGCGCUAAUUAUUUUCAUGUCAAUAAGAAAGUACAUUAUUUAUCAGGGACUUAUGUUUAUGUUGUGUUCUUGUGAUCAUACUUUAUUUGUUCCAAACAUGAAGAGUCUUGUCAUCAUGAACGCUGUUAUCCAUUCUUAGAACUUUACCCAUAUCCAGUACUUCUGAAUGUUCUUUCCCUACAUCAGUUUAUACCGUGUUUAUGUAUUAUACGAGUAAAGCUGAUUUCAAAUUAAGGAAUGCUAUGUUGAUCAUGGAGCAGCAGCCGACGACAGUAAAUUCAAAACUUGAAAAGUGUGGAAUUUUAGGUGAGGUUUGUGGGAAGAUAUGAUUUUCUUUUCAAAAAUGAUGCUGAACUUACACAUGAGUGAUGAAUGUUGCUUUUUUCUUUGCUCUCUUUUUGUUGGUAGUGUUGGUGGUUCUUGUCUGCUGCUCAGAUAUGUUGGAACUUGUUAGAGAUUAAAAAUUCUGCCAUAUUCAAUUCUUGGUUGCCGCUAGCUUCACAAGAUCCUACUAAUUCUUCUCAGGAUGUCCCUGAUUAUGUCACGGAGCUGAUAUCCACUGAUAAUAUGGGUUCCAAACCUUUGAAGGGAACCAGGGUUGGCGUGAUCCGUGAGACCCUUGGAGAGGGCGUUGAGGGUGAAAUAAUAUCCUCUAUUCAGGCUGCGGCAUCCCAUUUGGAAGAGCUUGGCGCCGUAGUAUCAGAGGUGUUCCUCUGAUAAAUUUUUUGAGGCUUCAUUGCUUAUGAAAGGAUAAGCUUACUCUCUUUUCCUUUGGAAAAAAAUGCAGGCGUCUCUGCCCUCCUUCUCUCUGGGUUUACCAGCAUACUACAUCCUGGCCACAUCUGAGUCAUCCUCAAACCUGUCCCGUUAUGAUGGCAUAAGGUAGCUACUUUUCCUUUGACAGCCUGUGAAUACUUGCGUCUCUUGGGGUUGUCAUGAUUCCUGAAAGAGUUCACAUGAACUCAUUAGGUAUGGGAAGCAGGUUCCAGAGGAUGAGUUGGCCUCUCUUUAUGGAAACUCACGUGCAAGUGGGUUUGGUUGUGAGGUAUUUGUUAAUCUUUGCUUAUCUUCUGGAAUAGAAUUUGGUCGAUCUGCUACCGAUAUGGUUUCUCUUAAGGGAAAUAAGAGCACCCUGCAUUGGACCGAGGCUUCUGAGUAGAGCUUAAACUUUGAAGGUCAACAAUAUUUCGGGCAUUUUGAUCUUGUCAGGUUAAAAUGAGAAUUUUGAUGGGUACCUACGCUUUAUCUGCUGGAUACUACGAUGCAUACUACAAGCGUGCUCAGCAGGUACCAUUGCCUCCAUAAUAGAGGGAAGAAGAUAGGGGCCAAACAGAUUUAUGUCGUGAAUUGUUUGUGGCAGGUGAGAUCCCUAGUUCAGAGGAGCUUCAAGGAGGCAUUGGAUGAGAACCAUAUCCUCAUUUCUCCAGCAGCACCAUCAGCUGCAUAUAUGAUAGGUGCCUACCCACUUUCAGCUUGUGACUUGGCUUUUGAUCGUCUUUAUGAAGGCAGCCCUAUGAUUCUUUUCAGUUCUCCUCAUUUCCUUAUUUCAAUCUCUCAUAUUAGCCUUGUCUUCUCUUGGAAUCGUUCGUUUAAUCGUUUUAGCAUUUUUUCUGAAAGGAUCGACCUAGAAACCCCCAUUUUCGUUCAAUCGUUCUGUGGUGUAUUACAGCUUUCGAAAUGUGAUUAACCUUUUCAGGUGAGAAGAUCAACGACCCUUUGGCUAUGUACGCUGGCGAUAUCAUGACUGUAAGAUUCCUGGUGCCCUUUGACUUUCGCCUGUGGUCUUCUUUUAAUACAAAAUACGGCUCUCCCAUUGCAUACUCCCUGCAUCAAUUGCGUGAGCCUUGAUUCACUGCCGAAGCUGCUUUCCACGCUUUCUAACUUGCACUGCCACCGUACUGUGUAAAUUAAAUUAUUUUCGUUUAAUAAGACUCUAGAUAAUGUGAGGAGAAAUACGAAUCACCAGAAAAGCACCUGAUCAUGAUCCAGUUUGUGAGAACUUAAAUUCUUGGGGUUGAAUGGUUCUGACUCUCGGAAAGUGAUUCGGUUUGCAUACAGAGUCAUGAUCUUUAUACGUGGAGAUAUUCCUGACAGCCUCCAACGUCUAGCUUGGACAACCGUGCUUCAUCGUCCAUGUGAAAUACGAGAUAUCUACUGAAUCCGUGCAGAGUCUAGUCAACAGCUCUGCCGCUGCUCAUUUGUUUAUGGGUUGAAUGAAACAAGGUAGGGACCAAGGAGAAGAACAGGGAAGGGUGAGGGGGUUGGGUACGCAGUGUUUCACCCAAAAGGAUUUCUCUUACCCUUGGCAGUUACCCUCAUCACUGCCAUUUCUUCAGACACGCGGGUUUACCCUAAAAGGAGUCCAAUCUCGUCUUACCAGAGGAAACGACUGCUUGCGUCUUAUAAUCCUGCCCCCUCGUACCUUGGACGACAGACUAUGAACUACAAAACCAAAAUCAUGAAGACUUUUACUUUUACUUGACGCAUCGUCCUUAUGACUAUGGUUGCUGUCGAUCUUGUUGAUUAUUACUAUUUUUGUCCUCGUGAUCAUCGUAUUGGGGACAAAUAUCGGAUUUAGGCGCGUGAGUCGCCUCAAAGACUGUAAGAGAAAACGGCAGAUCUCUGAGCUCACUUGUGAUCCGCGCAGGUCAACGUCAAUUUGGCCGGGCUGCCCGCUCUAGUCGUCCCCUGCGGGUUCGUUGGAGGGCUCUCACCCCUUCCGGUGGGGCUUCAGAUGAUUGGUGCCGCAUUUGACGAGGUACUUGGGACUACCGGGACGAUUUUACUCAUCAGUUUGUUCGGGCUAAUAUCCUCUUUAUUCUCUUGCUUCGUGUUGCAGGGGAGGCUGUUCAGAGUCGGCCAUGUCUUCGAGCGGACGCUCAAGGGCCACAGAUUCGUCCCACCGACAAUGGCUCUCUCCGGAUGCUAG